GCUAACAAGCCUUUAUUGCGUACGUGCAUUAAGUUUCAAGCAGUACGCUCAAGUACCAACAAUCAAGAAGUGAUGGUUCGCACACGUGAGGAGUCAUCUUUUUUUUUGAUUGGAAUUGGAAACCCUGAUUCUCUAACGAAACUUCCAAAACUUCCUACUGUUCGGGAAACAUUGGCGCGGUGCAUGUACCUUGUACGGGAACAACGCAAGGUUGACCAGGCCUGCAGGUCGACGACCGCCGAGCUUCUGGAUACAUGGGAACGGGUGCACAUACCGCUACAACUAAAACAGAACGUUGUUGUAGUGAUCCGGAAGCUGUACGAUGACUGGGUCAAGAUCAAGAAAAACAAGCAAAAAGAAUUAGACCGCAAAAAGAAAUUUUUGGCGAAACUGGACACUCUGCUGGAUAUUUCCAGCCGAAAAGCAGAGACUACGGAUGAUCGUGCCAUGGAGUUUCUGGAGGACCAGAGGGGUAGACGACAAUUUGGCUUAGCAGUGAUGGACGGCUCAGCAUCGAAGCGGAAGUCAGUUGUGAUUGAACCGGAAGCAGAAACAAGCGUUGAACCCACAGGCGACACUUCAAGCACAGAUCCAGACUACGUACCCGAGCCAAAGCGGGUGAAAAUUGAUCAUCACAUCAAGAGCAGCGAAGCAAAGCCAAACGUCCUGACGGAAGACGUUCUAAGUGCUCUGGACAGGAACAAGGUGUCUGACCGUCAGGCGUUCAAGAUCAUCAUGCCUGUGGUAGCUGCUCUUGACGUAGAUGGAUCAACGAUGGCACUGUCUCGCAGCACAAUAACGCGAAGACGGCAAGAGGCUCGUAAAGAGAUCGCGGUUAGAGCCAAAGCAGAGUUCGAUCCUCAAGGGCCCUUGGUCGUUCACUGGGACGGGACGAAGUUGGAGAACGUCGGAAACUCCGCUCAUUCCGAAAGGUUGCCAGUUCUGGUGUCAUGGAGCGACGGAGAAAAGUUGCUUGGAGCUCCUGCUGUUUCCCAUCCAACAGGCGACCAAGAAUCUCAUGUGGUUUACGACUGUUUGGAAGAAUGGGAUUGCUUAUCGAAGGUUUGCGCAAUGUCCUUCGACACAACGAGCGUCAACACGGGGAAGUUCAAAGGCAAAUUGACAUCUUUUCUGUCAGCUAAUUCUUUGUAAUAAGGCUUUCAUCAACUAUUUAGGAGCUUGCGUCAAGCUAGAGCAGUUGAUGGGCAGAGAGCUUAUGUGGUUAGCAUGCCGUCACCACACGCAUGAGCUGAUUUUGGCCAAAGCCUUCUCCGUGUGUUUCGGGCCGUCGACGUCUCCCGAAAUACCGCUUUUUAAGCGGUUCCGGGACAAGUGGGAGGACAUCCCGAAGGAAAGGGUAGCGCCGCUGGUAGUCACCAAGAAGUGGUGUGCCCUCAAGGACACGGUGAUCAGCUACCUGAAAAGCGCAAAUACCUUUCCUAGGGAUGACUACAAGGAGCUGCUUGAGCUGACAUUGGUUGUGUUGGGGGAAACACCUGAAAAAUUUACUUUCAAAAAACCCGGGCCGAUCCAUCAUGCCAGGUGGAUGGCAAAAAUGCUGUACGCCAUCAAGAUCUACCUGCUGCGGGAACAAGGGUGCUUAUUCGAACUGACGCGUGAGGAGGUUAAACAGCUGAAAAGGUUCGUGAGGUUUGGUACAUUGUUGUACGUCAAACCGUGGCUGCAAGCUCCACUCGGCGUUGACGCCGCGACGAACGACUUGAAUCUUUGGAACAGCAUCAACGAUUUUCGAAAAACCGAUCCGGAAAUAGCAUGUGCUACCUUAGCCGUACUUGAGCGCCACCUCUGGUACCUUUCAGACGAGCUCGUUGGCUUUUCUCUGUUCUCAGAAAAGGUUUUGGUGACAUUUAUUUUUUUUUAUAAAUUAUUUAACUAAUAAAAUUUUCCCAGGUAUCAGCAGAAGAAAAGCAACGGGUGGUGCAGGCAAUGAAAACUAUUCCCGCGGGUGAACGGUCUAUGCUCGGCGAUCCGGAGCUUUUGAAAACUGGCCGGGCAUCGCUAGCUGAUUUUUCGACGAUGCGAACGGCAUCAUUUUUUGCUAAAUUAUCCAUCGAUGAUUCAUUUACGGAGCGUCCACCAACCGAGUGGGCAGAAAUUGAAGGUUUCAAGGCAGGAUUACGAGUGGUGCAGAAUCUGAAGGUCGUGAACGACAUUGCGGAGCGGGGCGUAAAAUUGUGCGAAGAAUAUAACAAAGUGUUCACUAAGAACGAAGCCGAAAACCAACGAGUUCUACAAGUUGUCGAGCUUAACAGAAAGGCCGUCAAAACAGAUUGUACCAAGGCGGAGUUGCUGCAAAAAUUUAAUUGAUUUGUUCACCUGUUCAUUUGUUUAUUGAUUGUUUAUCGUUACUGUUAUUGAUUGUUUCACGAUACUGUUGAUAAAAAUAUUGAUAUUUCA